AUGCUGCAGCUGCCGGCGUUGCUCCUAGCCAAUACUCCGCGUUCGGCGCUGGACAACUUGCAGAAUAAGCUUAUCCUGGGUCACCGAGAGCUCUUUGCUGUCUGUGUACAACUUUCUGUCUUUCUAUGGGUAUCUACUCUUUUUCUCGCUGGCUUUCCUAGAUUUUAUGGUUUCGGAUCGCAACCUAGCGGAGGAGCAACGGUCGGUUAUGGCAGACCAUCUGCGACUGCAACAAACCAGGCAGCAAAAUCUCUUGCCGCACUGACGAAUUCCAGUAACAAGUCUGCGCUCGCAGUCAAUUCUGCAAACACCUACUCCAACUAUGACGCUGCUGUUUACGCUGCUGCAUCAUCGUAUCUGCAUUCUAAAGCUACUGGAACAACGAAUAUGUGGAUGAGCAAGAAGCCUGGCGCAGGUCGAGGCGGAGGUUUCGGCAACAAACGUUUUGGUGGCGGUGGUGGAGCACAGAAAGAGGCUCAACAGUUCUACUGCGAGGUAUGCAAGAUCUCUUGCGCUGGCCAAUUGACAUAUAAAGAACACUUGGAAGGCCAGCGUCACAAGAAAAAAGAAGCUUUGGCGAAGGGAGAAAAUAAUCCUAGUCUUCCGAAGAGCAAGGUGUCAUUCCGAUGUGAUCUCUGCAACGUUACUUGCACAGGACAAGAUACAUACAAUGCUCAUGUACGAGGUGCAAAGCAUCAGAAAACGCUGACACUGUGCAAAAAACUUGGAAAACCCAUUCCUUCCACGGAACCCACUAUCAUACCACCAUCCGAAUUGGGUGGCGUAAUCCCUCCACCACCAGCAGUGACUGCAGCUGCAGUAAAUAAUAACUCACCGACGAAGAGAGUUGUUGGGAUCUCGACAGUGAAUUUUGUGGCUGGAGCUAAACUUUCGUCCACAGCUGGACAGCUUGAAGCAAAGAAACAACAAGUCAUGCAAGCCGUAGGAAGCGCUGGUACAAAGGCACCUGAAGAACCUACAGUGCAAGCCAUCAAGGGAACUACGGAAGAAUUGCAGGCACUCAUCGCUGCCGAACAAAAUUUGAAACCAGUCGGUGAGGAGUUUGUUGAAGCACAACGGGAUGCCACUGGGAAGCUGCUUCAGUACUUGUGCAAAUUGUGUGACUGCAAGUUUAGCGAUCCCAAUGCUAAGGAGAUUCACCUGAAAGGAAGAAGACAUCGUCUGCAAUACAAAAUGAAGGUACUAAAAAAGACUUGAUU